GAGACUGAAACGGAUGGUGUAUUAAUUAAUAAUUAGCUAGACUUGGACAAGUAUGUAAAUAGAUCGAUGGCAACUCUGGUUUAAUAACACUAAAGGUAUUAAUAAAGAGAAGUGAAGAGAACACUUGCAAUAAUUUUACAAUGAGUGUUGUAGCGGCCAUUUUAGCAGUUUUAGGACUGUUUGUGGUAGCUUUUAUAGUGAAAAUGGUAAAUGCUAUUGUACUGAAGCCUAAAUGGCAAGAAAGUGUGUUAAGGAAGCAAGGAAUUAAUGGCACUACUUUCCAGUUAUGGGGUGGUGAACGAGCUAGGCUCAGUCAAUUAAAGGUUAAUGGCAUUUCUUCCAUGCCCAAAACUUUAUCCCACGAUAUUUUAUCAUGCUCCCAUCCUAUUGAGUCCCAUUUAAUGGAGAAAUAUGGUAAAAUGUUCUUCUAUUGGACGGGGACCGUGCCUAGAAUAGUGUUGAUGGAACCAAAGUUGAUUAGAGAAAUGUUAACGAAUAAAUCCGGAGAAUUUCAAAAACCAGCUAUCAAUGGUUUCACCAGACUCUUUGUUGCUGGUGUCUCAUCUUUGAAUGGAGAUAAAUGGGCAAUGCACAGAAAGUUGCUGAAUCCAGCCUUCCAUAUGGCCAAGUUACAGGGAAUGGUGCCAUCCAUACUAAAGUGCACACAAGGAAUGAUUUCGGCAUGGGAGGGAAUUCUAAGAGCAAAGGAUUCAUGUGAAAUUGAUGUUUUCGCCGAGUUUCAAAAAUUAACAGCAGAUAUUAUAUCAAAUGUGGCCUUUGGCAGCAAUUACGAAGAAGGAAGUAAAGUAUUUCAGCUCAUGAAUGAGCAAUCUAAGUUACUUAAUAAAGUAUACUAUAUGGCCGCAUUUCCAUUCUUAAGGCAUUUGCCAACGAAAACAAAUGCAAGGAUGAAAUACAUCCAAAAAGAAGUCACAAGUGCAUUGAAAGAUAUAAUUCAAAAGCGCCAGAGAAUCAUGAAAAAGGAUGGUAUUGUCAAGGAUGAUUUGUUGGGAUUGAUGCUACAAUCAAAUCUCAACAGCCAGUUAGUGGGUAAAGGAAUGACAUUACAAGAGCUUAUCGAUGAAUGCAAGCUAUUCUACUUUGCAGGGCAUGAGACAACUGCGAAUUCGCUCACUUGGGCUAUUGUAGCUCUGAGCAUGCACCAAGACUGGCAAGAAAAGGCAAGAGAUGAAGUGUUUAAACAAGUAGGCCGUGAACAUACACCUACCUUCGACGACCUAGGCCGUCUCAAAACUGUGACCAUGGUUUUGCAAGAAACAUUAAGGCUAUAUCCACCUUCUAGCAUAAUUCGGACCACGGGUCAAAAAGGAGCAAAACUAGGAGAUAAACAACUUCCUGGUGGUGCCCAUGUUUUCAUCCCAACACCAUGUGUUCAUCGAGAUCAAGAAGUGUGGGGGAAAGACGUGCUUGAGUUCAACCCUAGUAGGUUCUCUGAGGGCGUUUCGAAGGCAUCCGAUAAAGAUUCAGCCCCGUAUUUCCCAUUUGGAUGGGGUCCAAGGGUUUGCAUUGGCCAAAACUUAUCCAUGUUAGAAGCUAAGAUGGCUUUGUCUAUGUUGCUCCAACGCUAUACCUUCGAGCUUUCGCCUUCUUAUACUCAUGCGCCGUCCUUUAUGUUGACCCUCGAACCCUUUCACGGGGCCCCAGUCAUUAUUCGUAGGCUCUAAUCAAGCUUAAUUAUUUCGAUCUCGUUCCGUCCAUUGCUGAUGUUUUGGGUUAUUGUUGUUGUUCUUUAGUUUGUAGUGUUGUACUGUGUUGGUUUUCCCGGCAAAGAUAAGAGCAAUGAGUUUUGCAACUCAAAUAUUAUUAAAUAAAACUUAUGUUUCCGGGACAAUAUUUCAAUCUGAUCCUUUAAAAUUUGGUAAUA